AUGAGUGACCCCUUUAAUGAUUAUUCGCAAAACAGUCAAAACACCGAUUCUCAAGCAACAUCGCUCUCUUGCUCUGUUUUAGUUCUUUCCAUCUUAGCGACUGCCUUUGGGUGGAUAGGAGGGAUAGUAUUGUUCUUCCUUGAGAAGCAGAAUGUAUAUGUCCGUGCUGUAGCUCUUCAUUCCUUCAUAGUGAAUGGGAUAGUGUUCUUGAUAGCCUUGUUCUUCUUAUGUUUCUAUUGGGCUGGGAUGUUCUUUAUAGUCUGUUUCUGGAUCAUGUUUGUUGUAGCCAUCUUAGUGAUGUGUGUCUUAAUCUUCCUUGCCGUUUUCAAGGCCAACUCUGGUGUCUUCAUUGGGAUACCAUUCCUCGACAAGUGGAUCUUAACUAUUGCGAACCAAUAA